AUGCCUGCCCACGGGGAUGUGAUAGAAAACGACCCUGCUGAUGUUAGGAACUUUUACGAAAUGGUUUGCUUCACCCAUUCUCUAAGUCUUGUGAGGGGGGAAAGGAUCAAGCCAGCUUCUUCUGUUGAAGGCGACGGAUUCGAAGUUGCAAAAUGCCGGCGAGAUUUUGCGGACGCAAUCGCGUAUUUUUGCGCAUAUACUGCGGAUCCUGGUAAGGUUACUGCUGUGGCUCUGGGGAGAAUAGAUAAAAUGGUCGUUGUUUGGGUUGCGAGCAACGCUACCGUUUCUGCACGUGUGUUGGAAUUUUUGGAUAAAUGCGUGCUCAAUAUGGUGCAGAGGCUGGCAGCAUCUAAGGAAGGACAGCUACCUUCAGGCAAACAUGAACCUGUUGCCGGGCUCUUGGUUGAAAUAUUACAGUUUACCAAGCAGAAAAUAUUCAAGUACUACAAAUCCGCCAUUGCAAUAUGGAACAAGAUUUGCAAAUCUGGGAAUCCUGACAUCAAGACAAAUGCUGAUCUAAGUAUGUUUUGCGGAUGGCUGGAGCGGACACUAUACAAGAGCGGCGUCAUGCUAGAGGAAUCCGACAUGCCUGACCUUGCUAUCAAUUGUUAUGUGGCACAUACGAACAAGACAUUCGCAAUCCUCAGGCAUCAUUCGAACCAGGGCAAUGAAAGAAGACUUGACUACGAGCGGCUAUAUAAGUUGCUCGGCAAGCUAGGCAAACACGUUUGGCUCUUCAAAAGAAUGAUUCACGCCAUUGACGCUCUACGUCGUGACUUCCGCGAAGGAUUUCUAGUGAAGCAUAUUUCUGCAUCCACUGGAAAACCUAACUCUUUUCCAAACUUUAACGAAAAGUCUAUGAAGAAGGUUGUUGUUCGUAUUUUUAAUAAAGAGCAUGAAAGAGAUGAGUUUUACCAUCAUCUCAACCGAUUCUAUGACAAGGAUAACUUGUCUGGCCGCCUGCAGCAGUGCAAAAAAGCUGGACUCCGAGUCCAUGCAGAGAUCUUAUUGAUCGAUUACUUCGACAGGACUGAUGUGACAUUUCUGAAUAACGACGACAAGUAUAUUGGCUGUAGCAAACCGGCAUGCUACCUAUGCUAUCAUUAUAUACGAAAACACCCGGCUAACUAUACACUGCCUCCGACUCACCAAAAGUUAUACUAUGCUUGGUGUCUACCUACCGUACGAGCGAACGACCGCAAUUGUACUGAUAAAAUCGCUCGCCACAAGCGGUUCCUUACUGAAAUCACAGAGAAUCUUCGGUCCGAUCUUCGAAAUGAGGUGACGCGGCAGGUAGCCCCAAGAAAUUAUCAUGCAGACUCGACAGCAGGAGCAAGUUCGAUAACCGGUACCGGUAGAGCAGACGCGACACAGAAAAUCUCUGACCACCGUAUAGGCACUUUAAUACGAUUGCUAGACGAAGCACGAAUCGGUGUUCAGACGGGCGCUGACCUUCAAGACGAAGAUGGGGGUGUUUUGCUUCACUGCUGA